AUACGUCGACCUGAUUUUCUUAAAACUUUAGAUCACCCAACUGGAUUAGAACUUGACAUUUAUUACCCACAAUAUGGAUUUGCAACUGAAGUGCAAGGAGAACAGCACAAAAGAUAUAUAGAAUUCUUUCACGGAGGAGAUCUCAAUAAUUUUAUAAAACAGCAAGCACGGGAUCAACUCAAGAAAGAAUAA